AAAAUUGCUUUGUAAUAUUAUCAGGCCUCACAAUUAACCAACCAACCAACCAUGUCCUCAAACAUGGGUUAGGAAAAAAAAAAUGCAUAUAUAAAUAUAAAAAGUAAAUCAAUUGCAUAACAUUAUUUUGCUUUAGCCUGGCUGCUUUCGCUUUGCUACAAACAUGCUGAAACAAAUUGUGAUCUCCGUGUGUAGUACUGUGAUAGCCGUUAGUAUUGUCGUUUUAAUUCGUACUUUUACCUUCACUGUAAGAACUGACAUUGUUAUUCCCUGUCAGAAAACAGCGGAACAUUCGAAGAUUGAUGUUGGAACAAAUCCACAAAUAGUAGAAAACUUUCGUCAAGCCCUAAGAUUUAAGACCAUCGCUUGGAGUCCUGGUGUUUAUGAAACUGAAGAACUAACCAAGUUACGUCUUUUUAUUGAGCAAACGUAUCCAACUGUCCAAAAGUCACCGUUUGUAAAAUAUGAAGUUGUGGCUAAUUACAGCCUACUGUAUACAAUUGAAGGAAGUGAUAAAACUCUUACUCCCUAUUUGCUGGGAGCACAUUUAGAUGUAGUUCCUGUUACAGAAGAAAACUGGAAAUUUGAUCCUUUUGCAGCUGAACUCCAUGAGGGUUACAUUUAUGGUAGAGGUUCUAUAGAUGUCAAACUUGGUGUUAUGGGUAUCCUGGAGGCUUUGGAGCAUGCUCUGAAAUCAGGUUUUAAACCUAAAAGAUCUUUCUUUGUUGCAUUUGGACAUGAUGAAGAGGUUUCAGGUUAUGAUGGAGCAUUUCAUAUAGCUCGGACUCUUGAAAGACGAGGUGUUAAACUGGAGUUUCUGUUUGAUGAAGGUCUCAUGAUAAUCAAAGAUUUUUUUAAAGGUUUGCCGCCUGUUGCUAUGAUUGGUGUUGUUGAAAAGGGUCAAGCAACUGUGAAACUUUCUGUCAAUGGAACAGCUGGUCACUCAUCAGCUCCUCCAACUGAAUCUGUCAUUGGCAUUUUGUCUGCUGCAAUAUGCAACAUUGAAUCAAACCCACAACCCGAUAUGUUUGGUACUGGUGCAGAAAGAGCUAGUUUUGAACAUCUUGCACCCAAGUUGCCUUUCAUACCUCGUGUUUUACUGUCCAACCUUUGGUUAUUCAGACCUCUUGUGUCAUGGUUUUUGUCUCGCAAACCAGCAACAAAUACUUUCGUCAGGACAGCAAGUGCUGUGACCAGAUUUAAUUCCGGAAUUAAGGAUAAUGUGAUUCCUGCAUCAGCUGAAGCUGUACUUAAUCACCGCAUCCAUCCUUCACAGACAGUUCAACAGGUAAUUGAAUAUGAUCGCAAAAUUAUCAAUGAUGAUAGGGUGAAAAUUACUCUCAAGAGUUCUUUAGACCCUUCUGCUACUUCACCUUAUGAUGAUAAUAGUUUUGGUUACCACACAUUGAAAAACAGCAUCAGAGAAAUAUACACUGAUGUAUUAGUUGUACCAGGACUAAUGAUUGCCAACACAGAUACUCACCACUAUAAACAUAUGACGAAAAGUAUCUACCGAUUCAACCCUGCAUUUGUAACGCCAGAGACUGCAAGCAUGGUUCAUGGAGAUAAUGAAAGAAUAUCAGUAGCAAAUUUUGAAAAAGCUGUUAACUUUUAUUAUCAUGUAAUUUUGAAUUCAGAUCACGAUAAAUUGAGUUCUACUAAGGUAAAUGCUGAGCUAUAAGAAGAUACUAUUGACAUAAAAAAAAUCCUUUGUUUUAUAAUAUACAAAUAUGCAAUUUGUAAUAUGCAUAUGAAAAUACAUAUAAAUAAAAUUGUUGUCUUUUUUAAUAUAGAA